UGGGCUCCUCCGGCUUUCUUUACUCUAUGAAGAAAUCUUCAACGAGAGAUCAUAAUGACCAACUCCAAGCCCUCUCUCGUAUUUAUUGUCUUCUCCUACUUCUUCUUCUUCCUCUGUCCAAAUAACACAAUUCAACUCCAUCGCCACUCACCAAAACAAAACCCCUCAAUGUUCCUACUACCCUCCAUUUCCACCACCAAAAAAUUCUUCAAAAAAACCAUAUGUAACUUCAAAUCUUUCUUCUCCAACACCUACCAUCGCCUACCCAAGGCGGCGCCGCCCUUCACCGCCGGCCCCGAAAUGGCUAAAGAUGAGGUCCAAAAUGGAAGCUUUACGAAGAGUAAUGGCAACAAUGCAGUUCAUUUUUCGAAGACGAUCGACAAGACCCAGAUGGACAGAGUUGAAAAAAAUGAACAGAGCAUCAAAAUUGGAGCGACCCAUCAAAGGAAAUCCCAAGAAAACAGGGAAUCGAGGUCGAAGAGGAGUCGUAGGUUGUACGAGUACGAUGAGAGGAGAGUGUGUUUGGUUGCCAAGAAAAUCAAAGAGUUGGAAAAAUUAGACGCGAGAAAUGUGGAUCAUAGUUUGGAUAUUGAAGAGAUCCUUCAUUACUACUCUCGCCUCACUUGUCCAACAUACCUCGAAAUUGUGGACACAUUCUUCAUGGACAUGUUCGCUGAAUUCUGUUCUAACUCCUCGUCUUCUCAACACAACAAAAUUUGAAUUUUGGUCCUCGGAUUUCUGGUAGACCAUAUUUUAAUGGGUAUCAUUUGGAAUUUGAUUCAGUGUUUAUUAUGAUUCAUCUGAGUUCAUAGAUUUAAUGAUAGAGUUGUGUGUGUAACGUAGUUUGAUUUGAAUGUUU